AUGCCUCACUCGGAGCACGAAGGGCCUCUGGUCAAGCGACAGAAGCUUACUGUCGCCUCCAAGCCUGCGACGGCGACACGUCAGUCCUCGCGCAUUUUCGCGCCUUUCCGAACCGUCGGCCUCGUCUCCCCCACGAAUAUACCCUUCACUUCGAUUCCCCUAGGAAAGACGACGUUUCAAAUCACGACAUCCGUCGGAAGAGCCCUCCAGACUUAUGAUCUAAAGAGAGGUCUCAACCUGGUCUUCGUCACUCGUCCUCAGACUCCAGCCGACAUCACCACGACGCUCGCAUGGAAGGACAAGGUUUUCGCCGCAUGGGGCGACGCCAGAAAGGGCGAGAAGCAGGGUCUCUGGGCCUUUAAGCGUGGAAAGAAAGUCGAGGAGCUCGAGCUCCCCGCAGACCUCAAUGAGCCAAUCCAACAGAUCCUCAUCUUCGGCUCAUGGAUAGUCGGAUGCGGUGUGACAAGACUCGAGGUCUGGAAGUCGGCCACGCAGGAGCACUACACCACUCUUUACACCAUGGCUGGCAAGUCGGGUGCCAACGACAUCACUGGCGGUGUCACCAACAUGCCUACCUACCUCAACAAGAUUUUCGUUGGUCGCAAGGACGGCUGGGUCGAGAUCUGGAACGUCAGCACCGGCAAACUCAUCUACACCAUCCUCCCUCCGACCCCCGACUGCGGCGCCGUUACCUGCCUUCAGCCUGCCACCGCCUUAUCACUUCUGGCCAUUGCCUACGCAAAUGGGAACUUGGUGAUCCAGAACAUCCUAACCGAUAAGCCCAUUAUUCAACUCAAGGCGGGCCACGACGACGAACCCGUCACUUCCAUCUCCUUCAGAUCCGAUGGAAUGGGAGCAGGUCACGACGGCCGCAAGGACGGUGUCAUGGCAACCGCGACCGCUGCCACAGGAGACGUAACGUUUUGGGAUUUGAACAACGGAGGCAGGGUUAUGGGUGUUUUAAGGAGUGCGCACAAUCCCCCGUCCGGCAGCGGACCGUUAGUGCGAGGAGGCAUCAGCAAGGUCGAAUUCCUUUCAGGUCAGCCGGUUGUUGUCACCAGUGGACGGGACAACUCUCUAAAGACCUGGAUCUUUGACGAGACUCCCUUUUCCGCCCUCCCGCGUAUCUUGCACCAGCGCAGCGGCCAUGCCGCCCCCGUCAAGUGUUUAGAGUUUCUUCCCUCCGACUUUGAUGGAGCCGAUGCGGGCAACAAGUGGCUACUCAGUGGUGGUCAGGAUCGCAGUCUCUGGGGAUGGAGUAUGCGACGUGAUGGUCAGAGCACCGAGCUCAGCCAAGGAAACAUCCGCAAGAUGGCAAAGAAGACUGGUAUUCUUUCUACAAAGGCGAUGGCCAGGGGCCCUACGACGACUUUGGAAGACCUCAAGGCUCCCGAGAUUACCUGCAUUGCCAGUUCUCUUAACCGCGAUGGUGGAAUUGGCGCCAUGCCUGGCAACCAGCCCAUUUGGCAAAAGCACAGGGACAAUAAGAAGAAGCUCGAUGCUGAAGUGAGCGGGUCGACUGGAUGGGAGAGCGUUGUUACGGCACACAAAGAUGAUGCUUAUGCGCGUACUUGGUUUUGGGGUCGCAAGAGAGCCGGUCGAUGGGCAUUCCCAACCGGCGACGGCUCCUUCGUGUCCACGAUCGCCAUGAGUCCCUGCGGUACUUUCGCCCUGGUUGGUUCCGUGGAGGGUGGCAUCGACAUGUUCAACUUGCAAUCCGGCCUUCACCGCCAACGCUUCCCGUCGAAGCUUACUCCCGCCCAAGCGAGAGCGCUGAAGAUGCAGCAAUUGAAGCAGGCUGACGACGUCGUGCAGCUACACACCGAGAAGAACAGCAGCUUUGCGCCCGGCACAGGGAGGCACACCAAGGCGAUAACGGGCAUCGUGGUGGACUCCAUGAACAAGAACGUCAUCACUUGCUCUUUGGACGGCAAAAUCAAGUUCUGGGACUUUGUCACGGGCAACCUCGUGCACCAAAUCAACUGGGCACCGAUGGCUGCCAUCACUGGAUGUAGAUACCACGCCGCAAACGACCUUAUGGCCUUUACCUGCGACGACAACUCGGUUCGCGUUGUCGACCUGGAGACGAAAAGGACAAUCAGAGAGUUCUGGGGCUGCCAGGGCACCAUCAACGACUUCUGCUUCUCCAACGACGGCCGCUGGAUCAUCGCCGCUUCGCAAGAUUGCGUUGUCAGGAUAUGGGAUCUGCCCACUAGCCACCUUAUCGACGCCAUCCGCCUCGAGAAGCCCUGCACUGCGCUAGCCAUGUCCUCCACGGGCGAAUACCUCGCCGCCACGAUCGAGAACGAGCUUGGCGUCGCCAUCUGGACCAAUAAGUCCCUAUUCACACACGUCCCGACGCGGCAGAUCUCCGACAAGGAGGCCGCGCUGCUCACCGGUCCCACGACGUCUGGCGAAGGCGGCGAGGGUCUGCUCGAGGCGGCCUUCAACGAGGACGACGCGGGCGCCGAGGACGAGACCGUCGUCGCGCCGACCAUCGAUCAGCUCAGCGCCGAGCUGACGACGCUGUCCCUGGUCCCUAAGAGCCGAUGGCAGACGCUCCUCCACCUGGAUCUGAUCAAGCAGCGCAACAAGCCGACGGAAGCACCUAAGGCUCCCGAGAAGGCUCCCUUCUUCCUGCCCUCCGUCGGCUCCAGGAAGCAGCCGCAGCAGGCCCUCAUUGAAGGCGCCGCGGCACCCGAUGCUGAUGCCGCAACGGAGUCUAAGUCCCGCAUCACCAAGCUUGAGCGUGGCCGCAUGCAGGAAGCUUUUACAAGCAAGCUGGACGACGGCGCAGCCUCAGGAGACUUCGACGACUUCAUCUCCCACCUAAAAUCUCUCUCCCCCUCGACCGCAGACCUCGAGCUCCGCUCCCUCUCCCCCGAGGACGGCGGGCUCCUCAACUUCAUCCGCGCGCUAACGAGCCGCCUCGCGGCCCGCCGCGACUACGAGCUGGUCCAGGCCUGGAUGACCGUCUUCCUCCGCCUGCACUUUGACCUCGUCAUGGCCGACGCGGAGCUGCUCGAGGCGCUCGGCGAGUGGAAGGCCCUGCAAGCGCGGGAGGCUGGGCGGCUCGACGACCUUGUGGGGUACUGCAGCGGUGUCGUCGGCUUCUUGCGGAGCCCCAGGACGUAA